AUGGGCUCUGCUAUCUCACGGUGCGCCUCACGAGGCUCGUCUCGUCUGGCAUCCGACUAUGACGACGAGAAGAUCCUGGGUAGGCAACCCAACUGGCUUGUUCCUCCCGCGCUAUGGAGGUCAAGAUCCAAGACCUCCAGUGGCCAACCUGUGCGGUACCGUACACCGACGCCAUAUCCCAAGGGCGACAGGAAACCGCUUCCUCAUGAGCCGCAGCAUGUUCGCAUCCACAUCCAAGAGAAGACUGCCAGUACCAUCGUCACCCCUGUGGUGAACCACUUGGAGGUCGCCUCGGCGGGCAAGCAUUCACGAAAACCGCAACAGACCUCUCGAAGCAUACGACAGCCUUCCAACAUCACCAUAACCUGGGAGUCGCCGGUAACAGGUCGUCUCAACCGGUUCGAACGGUGA